CAUGUGAUCAGCGCACAGAGAGAAGCGCAGCUGUAACACACACACACACACACACACACACACGUGCUUCAUUAAUGCGCUUAUUAGGGGUUUAGGGUUAAUUACAGACAUGACGUCACGGGCACUGAGUGUGUGCGCGUGUGUGUUUAUCACCGCGGGAAUGAUGAUUGUGUCGACGGAGCGCUCGUUCUCUAUAGACUACACUAACGACUGCUUCCUGAGAGACGGACAGAGUUUCCGCUACGUCUCCGGCAGCGUGCAUUAUUCCCGCGUCCCGCGCUGCUACUGGAAGGACAGACUGAUGAAGAUGUACAUGAGCGGCCUUAACGCCAUCCAGGUGUAUGUGCCCUGGAACUUCCAUGAGCCAGUGCAGGGUGUCUACCACUUUGAUGGAGACAGAGAUCUGGAGUAUUUCCUCCAUCUGGCCAAUGAGACGGGCCUGCUGGUGGUCCUGAGGCCCGGACCCUACAUUUGCGCCGAGUGGGAGAUGGGAGGUCUUCCUGCAUGGCUGCUCCAUAACAGUAAUGUUCUCCUGCGCUCAGCAGAUCCAGAGUUCAUGCAGGCUGUAGGUGAUUGGUUAUCUGUGCUGCUCACUAAGAUGCGUCCGUGGCUCUAUCAGAACGGCGGAAACAUCAUCAGCGCGCAGGUGGAAAAUGAGUACGGCAGUUACUUUGCCUGUGAUCAUAACUACAUGCGGUCCCUUCGACUGCUGUUCCGGAACUUUCUGGGGAAGGACGUGGUUCUGUUCACCACGGACGGAAACACGGAUAGAGAGCUGGCGUGUGGAAGCCUGCAGGGGCUGUACGCCACCAUCGACUUCGGCACCGACACAAACAUCAGUGAGGCUUUCCUUCGCCAACGGAGAUUUGAGCCCAAGGGCCCUCUGGUGAACUCAGAGUUUUACACAGGGUGGCUGGAUCACUGGGGAGACGACCACGCCUCCGUCCACACACACAAUGUCAGUAAGAUGUUGAGAGACAUGCUGAGCAUGGGCGCUAACGUCAACAUGUACAUGUUUGAAGGAGGGACAAACUUCGGUUACUGGAACGGAGCUGAUCAUGACACACGGUUCCGUCCUGUAGUGACGAGUUAUGAUUACGAUGCUCCGCUAUCAGAAGCUGGAGACCCGACUGACAAACUGCUGGCCAUUAGGGACGUCAUUAAAGAAUUUCGGGAUAUUCCAGUAGGGCCGAUGCCUCCACCUGUACCAAAGAUGGCAUAUGGCUUUGUGGCGCUACAAAAGAUUGGUAAUAUCAGCGAUUUGUUGGAGAUCUUAUCACCCCAGGGUCCCAUCAGGUCUCUAAAGCCGCUAACAUUCGAGGAGAUCAAGCAUUACUAUGGAUACGUGCUCUAUCGGACACGGUUGCCGCGGGACAUUCUGGAUCAAACACCCCUGAUCUCACCACUAAAUGGCAUCCAUGACCGUGCCUAUGUAUCUGUGAAUGGGGUGUAUCAGGGUGUGAUGGAGAGAGACGUUACACUGGUGAUAAAUGUGACGGGGCGUGAGGGAGAUCAGCUGGACCUUUUAGUGGAGAACAUGGGCAGAGUGAACUUUGGACCUAAAAUCAACGACUACAAGGGCAUCCUGGGAAACAUUAUUCUGGGUAACGACGUCCUCUCUGAUUGGUUGAUUUUUCCUCUGGAUAUUGACAGCGUGAUUAUGAACGGCUGGCCGCAGUCUGGAUGGAAGUCUGAUGUAAAAGUCAGAGAAGACAAUGGACCCAGUAUUUAUUUUGGCAUUUUAAAACCUAAUGGUAUCUCCAGAGACACCUUCAUUAAACUUCCUGGCUGGACAAAGGAAGAAGCUCCUCCUCAGUCUUUCUGUGAGUGGCCUUCAGGGAGCGGAAUCGUGUUCCUGACCUCAACAGAGAGAAGGUUGAAGGCUGAGGUCCUUCAAGAUCCUCCUGGCCUUGGUCCAGCACCACCUGCUGUAGAUCGAGUGCAGGUCAGGGAGCUCGGUGCGGAUGGUGCGCUCUGCUGAUCACACCACCCUCUGUAGAGCUCGUCUGUCCUGCAUGGUGCUGUUCCCGAACCAGGUUGUGAUGUUUCCUGCAGGAUGCUCUCUAUGGUGCAGGAGUAAAAGUUCCUAUGCACCUUGUGGGGCAGUCUGAAGUCUCUCAGGCGGCUGAGGUGGUAGAGACGCUGCUGGGCCUUUUUCACCACGGUGUUGAUGUGACAGGACCAUGACAGGUCCUGCGUCAUGUUAACACCGAGGUAUUUGAAGCUGUCCACUCUCUUCACUGGGCUGUCAUUGAUGACGGGGGUCUGGUAGUUCCUCCUUAGUGCUGAAGUCCACUAUCAACUACUUUGUCUUACUGACGUUUAGAAGGAGGUUGUUCCUCUGGCACCAGUUCUCCAGAUUCCUAAUCUCCUUCAGGUAGGCCGUCUCUCGUUAUCAGAGAUCAGGCCCAACACCACGGUGUCGUCAGCAAACUUAAUGAUGGUGGUGGAGCUGGUAGUGGCCACACAGUCAUAUGUGUAUGAAGAGUAAAGCAGGGGGUCUAGAACACACCCCUGGGGGGCUCCAGUGCUGAAAGUGAGGGAGGCUGAGACAUGAGAGCUGUAGUCGAGGAAGAGCAUUUUAACAUAAUUCCCCCUUCUAGUGUCCAAGUGAGUAAGUGAUGUGUGGAGGAGAUGAAAGAUGGCAUCAUCAGUAGAACGAUUUGGACGGUAAGCAAACUGUAGUGGGUCCAGUGUGUCUGGUAAUGAAGAAAUGAUGAAGUCCUUGACCAACCACUCAAAGCACUUCAUCACUACUGAGGUGAGGGCUACAGGGCGAUAAUUAUUAAGGGAAGCAGGAUGAGGUUUCUUUGGAACAGGAAACCUCAAUAAAUCCUCUCAUGAUAAUCACCAAACAGCUGAGAAUGAGAGUUUCAGUUUAUAAGUAAUGCUAAAUAGUAUAAGUAACGGGUAAGUUAAGUACAGGGUGGAGCGUUUCAUUAACAUUUUGUGUAUUAAAGUGUCUAAGUGUGUAAAGCUUUGUGGUACUAAUCUGAAGAUUGUGAGUUUAAGUUCAACCUGUUUUAAUCGUAAUAAAGAAUUUAA